AUGGGAGGGCUUUCGGGAAAAGCUUACCUAAAAGCUCUUAGUGAGGCGGUUGCAAGAAAGACAAAUACUGCUUCUGCCAAAAGGUUGCCUUACUUGAACCGGUAUGCAACCGAUAUCCUGCCUGAGCGUGCUAAAUCCUACAGUAAAGCAUACCAGCACAAGUUCACCAGAAACGGGUCAAUUACUCCUAUAGAAUGUCUGCCUCGUCUUCUAGAAGAAGCUCUUUUCUUCCACGGCAUUGCGAACAGACCCAAUACGCUAUUUGAGAUGGCUAACCUCAUUCGUGAUACUAUCGCGUACCAGAAUAUCGUCACGGCUGAUAUGUAUCUUUUGAUGCUUCAAGGAAUCAACAAUUCACGCGGUAAAGCGCUCAUACGAAGCGCUGUAGCCUUGUACAUUGAGGCUCACCAGCAUAUCAAGCAAUUCUCCCAAGAAGAUCGCAAUUUGGCUGCUUCCUUACUACUAGAUAUCUACUCCAACUGCAAGGACGUUUCUGAGCUACUUCUACUCAAGAUCGCUUAUGAGAACUACAUGACUAAAAGUGUAUCAGAUAGAACGCUAGAGGCUCGCUAUAUUGGUGCUUUUAUUCAGGGGUAUCUCAAUACGGGCCAGUAUAUUAGAGCGGUGGAUCUUUUUGAGAGAGGCGUGGCUGAUCUCCAUGAUGCUCUUCUACCGAUAGAUCAGACGCUCAAGUGUCUUCCUACAAAGGGUGUCUUGAUAUCUAUGAGCCAGCACGAAGAUGUAAAGCUCCUUACAAAGUGGCUACGAACAGUCCUUCAGAUUGACCGCUCCUUGUUGGAUUACGAGACGUGGUCGGAGUUUUUGAGCCUUGGGCUUUAUUUAAAUCAUUACGAGCUUGUCAAAUUGAUCUAUCUGGAACUCAUAAUGCACGAGGUUGAAGGCGUUUCGCUUGAUGAAAUUAUGUUCUCAAAAGAAGCACAAGACCUAGAGAAGAAAAGCAAAGUUCUCAGCUCGCUCAGCGAAGAGACUUUGGCUCAAAUUCUAUAUACCCUUUCUUCCAAUGGUGACGUCAAUUCCACUUUGCGGUUGAUCGAAUGGCACUUUCUUCACAAGAAACUCAAAGGAGAAAAGGGUCUCACCAAGGAGCUCUGCAUUGCAAUAAUCAAAUCGUACUGUUACCAUGACGAUGGCCAAGACAACCUCAGCCUAAAAAAUGUUCUUGAGGUCAUUGAUAGCUUUAGCAAGCUUGGGCCCGAACUUCAAGUCUCAUUCAGGGAUAUUUCGGAUGCAAUGUCCUACAGAUUCAUGAGAUACGAUGCCGUCGAUCCGAAUGUCGAGAUUGCAAAGCUCCAGGAGCAGACAUGGGCGAAGCAACCGGAUGCCGUAUCAGACGAAAUGGAGGAAAUGCCCCGCAAGAUCCGAAAUCUCAAUUUGCACAACUCUGAGAAGGGGAAUAUCCUCAAAAACUCUGAAAUCUUGGACCUUUUUGUCAGAGAAAUGAUCUCCUUCAUUCAGUCAAAGCAGCUCAGCGAUGAAACUCUUCAAACCUUUCUUAACUGCGUCUUGCAUCAUCUCAUGAAAUAUCAAAAUGCCACAGGUUUGGUUGUUGCGUUGAUGUCAAUGCACCAAUUGAACCCUCGCUUUGCCCUAAAAUGGUUCAAUAAGGACCUGUUUGAUUUGAUUUUGAAAACCAUAGCGAAGUCUCCUGCUAGCAAGCUCCUUGGUUAUGAAAUUUACCUAUUUAUGCAAAGAAAUGGUAUAAGUCUCUCUUCAGAGAACUUUGGAGAUCUCAUUGCCCUGGCACUUCAUGGCGAAGAAGAAAAUGACAUUGUGAAAUUGUACAUGAAUGCCGUGAAGAAGAACCAUUUUGCAUUGCCCGAAGUCACUGAAGUGCUUCUAAGGAGAAAAAAUGCUGUUUUCAAUUCAGUUGAUCCAGCUACGCCUAUUGCAUACUCUGAGAGCGAAAAAGUCGACCGAAAAAGGUACUACGAGAUAGACAAGCGAGACUCUGGGUAUCUUCGAUUGAUUUUAAACAAAAGCUAA